AUGGCCCAACAAUUCAUGUCGUCAGCCGAUAGCCGUUGUGCCCGAGAUGAACAGCAACCCCAGGUUAAAAAGCCGUAUGUGCGUGUAAUGACAGAUAGGCGCCGAGAGCAGAAUCGACGAGCGCAGAAGGUCUAUCGGGAGAAGCAGAAGAAGCGGCUCGAAGUGUUGGAGGACCAGGUCGCUUCGACAGGACUCGACAGCGCAGCAGCGAAAGGCCGCGCAAAGAAGGAAAUACCGCGUUCUGUGCCUCCUUCUAUCCAAAUGUCCAGGUCCCCUGAACCCAAACCCGAGAGCGAGGAAUCCUAUGCACCACUACCAACACAGAACAUCAUCAACUUCAACGAGAUCUUCCAGCUCAACGGCGACAUUCCCGUUACCAACGAGCUGUGCACGCUUGACUACAUGCCAUUGCAAAUCGCUCCUUCGCCACCAACCUUCGCAGCCACUCUUCCAAUUCACCACAGUACUCCAUCAUUUCUGCCAGACCCCGAGCCAGCCUUAGACUAUCAAGACAACUACUGGCCAAUACCUCCCUCCGACCCUUCCCAGCCAUACAUACCCCCAGUCUCCGGAGACUACAUGUCCGGCUCCUUGACCAUCCUCUCACGGCCCUACGCUUACAAGCGACAACGACAACUCCUCGACAUCCAACACCAGCGCGACAGCUACGGCUCCGACACAAUUCCCCACUCCCAGUCCCAAUCCAGCCUCCCCUCCCCACACCUCAACAACCUCCACCUCGCCGCCGAAUCCCCCCUCACCGCGUCCCUCGCGAUCGCCCUCUCCCUCGGCAUCUCCCGCACCCACUACCUCGAAGACCACCCCUCCCAAUUCCCCACCUGCUUCCUCACCAUCACAGCCACCAUGCCGCCGACCUGUCUCCCCCCCGCCAACGACCCCUCAGCCCACAGCCUCUUCUCCAGCCACGCCGUCAUGAUCCCUCCCGCGCUGCGCCCCCGGCCGGUGCAGUACCUCCACGCCCACCCCAGCUACCUCGACUGCAUCGUGUUCCCCACCAUGCGCGAGCGCGCCGUGCGCGCCAGCGUCGAGGGCCGUUUGGACCAUGUGGAGUUCUUCCUCGACCUCAUGCAUGGCGGCUUGGUGUGCUGGGGCGGCAGCACACCCGCGGGAACGUGCAAUACGCGGGGUGGGAAAAGGGGACGGACCGACGUCAGAGGCGCGCAGGGCCAGGUGGCGUGGGACACGCGAAGUUGGGAGGCUAAAGGCUGGUUUUUGAAGAAGUGGAGUUGGCUGUGUGGGGAGGAGGCCGAGGAGGAGGGGAAUGGGGAGGGAGUAUGGGAGUGCUCGAGGUGGUGGUGGGGAGUGCGGGGGGAGGAUUGGUGUGGUGAUGAAGAUGAGGAUGGUCACGCUGAUAGUCAGGGGGAAGGAAGAGGAGGAGGAUAUGGCUGUGGGUACAAUGGAGAUGCAUACCCAAGGACGGCCAAGGACCAGUGGUCGCAUGGCUGGCGGCAGGGCAGAUACGAGGGCGCCAGGCGCUUCGAGGAGAUUUUGGACGAGGCGAAGAGGACGUAUGUGCCUAUGGCCGGGACGGAGACUACGGUUGGCGUGAUUUGA